AUAUUUGAUUCGAUUAUGCUGUUCUGUUGGAGACAACCAGUUUAACCAGGGCUUGACCAAAAGGAAAUUAAAAAACAAACAAACGGUGUUUUCUUCCACUACGAGGCGAGCUCCAAGGUUCACCUGAAAUCAAAUUCAGCUGCAUUCACAGUAACAACAGUUUAUAAGCUGUAGUCAAUGAUGAAUCCCGAAUAUGACUAUUUAUUCAAACUGCUCCUGAUCGGUGAUUCUGGUGUGGGGAAGUCCUGUCUCCUUCUCCGGUUUGCAGACGACACGUACACAGAGAGCUAUAUUAGUACCAUUGGUGUGGACUUCAAGAUCAGGACCAUCGAGCUGGAUGGGAAGACCAUAAAGCUUCAGAUUUGGGACACGGCCGGUCAGGAACGAUUCCGCACCAUCACCUCCAGUUACUACAGAGGCGCUCACGGCAUUAUAGUGGUGUAUGACGUGACAGACCAGGAGUCCUUCAACAACGUCAAACAGUGGCUCCAGGAGAUUGACCGCUAUGCCAGUGAGAACGUCAACAAGCUGCUAGUAGGCAACAAGUGUGACCUCACAACAAAGAAAGUUGUGGACUACACCACAGCUAAGGAGUUUGCUGACAACUUGGGGAUCCCCUUCCUGGAGACCAGUGCCAAGAGCGCCACCAACGUGGAGCAGGCUUUCAUGACCAUGGCGGCUGAGAUCAAGAAGAGGAUGGGCCCUGGGGCCACGGCUGGUGCCUCCGAGAAGUCCAAUGUCAAGAUCCAGAGCAAACCAGUCAACACCUCGUCUGGAGGCUGCUGUUGAGACCCGGCACCUGCCACGCCCUGAAUCCACCCCCCAGUCUCAUAUUACCACAGGGAAAGGAAACAGAGAGGGAGGGAGACUUUGACUGGACCGGUUUGUAAUUGUGUGUACACCAGAUCCCCCCCGCCCCACCACCCACCCUUUGAAAGUCAGCAAAAGGACGGUAAGCCCAUCAUCCCCACAGAACACACCGGGCCUGUCUUUUUUUCUUACUUUACCAAAACAAAAUGUCCUCCAUUUUUACCAGAGAGAGAAAACAGAAGUAAACGGCCUCUCUUCUUUGUUUGUUCAGCUGUGUUUGCCCUGCUCUUCUUUGUUCAGUGAGUCACUUUGUCACGCUGAAAGAGUCGUCUUUAUUUGGCAGCCCUGGAGAGCGGCGCACCUCUGGCCCCGAUCUCCUCUCAUACACUGUUAAGACUUCAAAUGCAGCACAUGCUUAAACCAGCAUCAUGCAUGUUACAGCUGAUCACGUGCGCUCUCACUUGCAUCUGGAAUGCAGUCAUGAGGCGAAGGCCUUCCUGGCCAAACUCCACCCAGGAAGUGCUCCCGUGACACCGCUCACUCCAACCUCAGUGUUGCCCCCAACUGCCAGUGCCUUUGUGGCAGGAGUUUCCCAUGAUGCCUUCGGUGCUGUGGUGUUGUCGGCAUACUCCCCUCAUAUGCCCACAGUCAUGACGUCCUGUGUAUGGUAGCAGCUAACAUUCCUGUGUAUAUACUGGGCUGCGUGUGCUCUGCUGGUCUCAUACAAUAAGCAUGUGCUACAUUGGGAGGCGCGACGUCAGCGUGCGCUUUUCUCUGCUAAUGUUUCUCAACGACAGCACAACAGGAGGAAGUAAACCACAGCUCUGCUCCAGAAUCAUCUAUAAACUGUAUAUAUUUAUACAUAAAGGGAGUGAUUUGCAGAUAGUGUAGAGAAGUGAGGGAAGCGAGGGACAUGAUAAGUAGCUGGAAUUAGGAAGCUCAGCACGUGAUUGGUGGCUGCGGACGUGACAUUUUUGUGGCACUCUGUCUACUAUUAAACAAUGAAGGAGAUCUUUGAUAA